AUGCCCAGCGCUCGCGGGCUUCCAGCCUCACUGGCUCGUGGCUCCAGGCCCACUGGCUCGUCGGGCUCCAUCCCAGUCACCCAGCGGCGCGUCAAGUCCCCAGCCCUCAGCGGUCUCGCCAAGCCCCAUGCCAGCUGGCCCCGACAUCCCGACCCACCGUGCGCCCCAGAGGAGGGGAGGUACCGCAGUCGCCCGCCCCAUCCUCCCCGCUCGAGGGUCACCAGCCCUACCAACCACACCUGCACCAUUGACGCUAUAAAGCACUCAUCGGAGACCAACGGACUCCAUCACGAAUACCUCCCCUAUAUCUCACCACAGCCCAACAGCACCAACCAGCCCCACACGCACCAUCAGCCCCAACAGCAACCAUCAGCCCCAACAGCACCACCAGCCCCAACAGCACCACCAGCCCCAAACAGCACCACCAGCCCCAACAGCACCACCAGCCCCAACAGCCACACAACCACCAGCCCCAACAAGCACCACCAGCCCCAACAGCACCACCAGCCCCAACAGCACCCACCAGCCCAACAGCACAUCAGCCCCCAACAGCACCACCAGCCCAACAGCACACCAGCCCAACAGCACCCACCAGCCUCAACAGCCCCAACAGCACCAUCAGCACCACCAGCCCCAACACACACACCCCACACAGCCCAAGCACCACACCUCAACAGCCCCAACAGCACCAUCAGCCCCAACAGCACCACCAGCCUCAACAGCCCACCAGCACCACCAGCCCCACCAGCACCACCAGCCCCAACAGCACCACCAGCCCCACAGCACCACCAGCACCACCCAGCCCAACAGCCCCAACAGCACCACCAGCCCCAACAGCACCACCAGCCCCCCAAGCAGCAGUAUCUAUAA